UCUAGCGUCUUUAUCCGCGAUAAAAAGGUUUUCUCAAAUUAAAACGUCAUUUCAAUUCUUCUGCUGUAUAUGAUCAUCAUCCUUUCCAUCAACCAAACUAUUCAUCACUAUUUCGAUCUGUCAUUUGAUUAAGUAGAGGGAAUCACCCCAACAAUGUCACAACGUGCAAGCUUUGGAAGCACAAUGACAAACGGCAACGGCACAAAAAAUAGUUAUGCUCAAUACCUCGUUCAACCAAAUGGUGCAACACAAACAUCAAAACAACAAAGAAGAGCAGGAAAAGAAUGGUUGCCAUAUCAAGGUCAACGUCAACUGAUCAUCGCAAUCGAUUUGGGAACUACGUAUAGUGGUGCAAGUUAUUGUAUCCUUGAACCUGGAAAACGUCCAAAGAUCGAAGAUGUACGUGCGUGGCCAGGUCAACCAAGUCAUUUAUCAAAGAUUCCUUCUGUAGUCACAUACGAUGCCAACAAAGUCCCUCGAUUCUUCGGUGCUGAAGCAGAAGGAAGUGAUGCAGAAAAUGCAUUGGACGAAGGAGGCUAUCAGAUACGUUGGUGGAAAUUGCAUUUGAAACCUGAUCAUCUUCACGUCAUUCAUAUGGAUGGAGAAGCCAGCGAAGAUGUGAAUCUAGAUCCACUACCGAGUGGAAUCUCUGCUGAACAAGUUUGCGCAGGUUUCUUGGCAUAUAUGGUCCGUUGCAUUGGAACAUACAUCUACUCUAGACUAUCCAAUGGUCAUGAAAUCCUGAUGACUCUUGGUCAAAAUACUUCCUACAUUGUCACUGUACCAAACGGAUGGGAAAUCGCACAACAACAACUCCUACGUCAAGCCUGUAUCGCCGCUCAACUUGUCACGCCAGAUCGAGGAGAUUCAAUCAGAUUCGUUACAGAAGCAGAGGCAAGUAUUAACUUUUGUGCAAUGAAUCCUGCAGCAACCGGAGAUUGGCUCGAUAGAUCUGGUCAAAAUUUGAUCGUUUGUGAUGCAGGUGGUGGUACAAUUGAUAUUUCUACGUAUGAAGUGACAAACACAUACCCUGCAAUUGAAGUACGUGAAAAUGGCGUUUCAGACUGUAUUUUGGGAGGUAGUGCAACAGUGGAUCAUCGAGCGAUGCUUUAUCUACAAGAAAGGCUCAAGAAUACCCGAUGGGAUAACGUGGAAGAUUUGAGAGGAUUACGUCAAGCGUUUGCAUCUUCGAUAAAGGAAACAUUUAUGAAUUCAGAACAAGAGCAAAUUCUGCUACCUAUCGGAUCUUCUUCUGAAAAUGAUCCUUCCAUUCGAUUGAGAAGAGGAAAAUUGGUAUUUACCGGAAAAGAAGUAGCAAAAUUCUUCGAACCCUCCAUUUCAGCCACAGAACAGAGUAUCCGAAGAAGAGUGACGAACGCACAAGGAGCUGCCGUUACAGUUGCAAUGGUAGGAGGGUUCAGUGAAAGUGUUUACUUUAGAAGGGAAUUGCAAAAUCGAUUGGGAAAUUUGGUGCAAUUGUGCAAGCCAGACGAAUCAACGGCAAAGGCUGUUGCGUCUGGAGCUUUGGUCUGGGUGAUUGAUGGAGUGGUUGGAUCAAGAGUGAGCAGACAUUCUUUUGGAAUCAAAUGUUCGACCGUUUUCCGUGCAACGGAUCCUAAACAUACCUCAAGAACUUCAAAGGCAUACGGUGGUGUGGAUGGUGUUCGACAUCUUCCUGACGCUUUUGGAUGUAUCUUACGUAAAGGUGAAAGUGGAAGGGAUGAUGAGGAGCAUGUUGCACCUUUUGUGCUAACGUGGGUUCCAAGUGUGCCAUGUACGGCCAAUAUUGCAUUAUACGUUUAUCGAGGUGAUGAUGAAUCACCGGAAUUUGUUGAUGAACCUGGAUUUGAACAAUUGGCAACGUUUACAAUUGAUAUGCAACCUUUUCAUUCACUUUUACAAAGAUGCAAAACAGCUGAUGGAAAAGAUUUUUUACGGGCCGAUGUUUCUUUGGCAAUGCGUUUAUCGGCUACCGAAUUGAGCGCUCAAUGUAUAUUCCGUCAUGGUGGUAGUUUGUACAGAGGACCUGUCACCGUUACUGCAACACACAAUUAAAUCUGAAAAAAAGGUGCACAUUUUAUCAUCAGGAUGUAUACUCUUUUCUAUAUUUAUCUUUCUCCUCUAACUUUAUUCCCCCGGUCAUCUUGACUCGCAAAACACAAUUGCGUCUUUAUUUGUGCUAUACAAACUUUAUAUCGAUUAUGCUCAAUCUCGAUACUCUAAUUUCCGAUGUUGAAUAGUUUAAACACAGAGAGAGAGAGAGAGAGAGGGAUGGACGAUACGGCACUUUGUUGUGCUUGAAAAACCGGUAAACCCCAGAUUGACAAUUCUCCGAAGAUGAUGAUUCUCUGGAUUAACGCGUUCACCCCUCCUUUUUUUUAACUAAAGAAAGCGGGGAGAACAACAAUAAUUGCUG